GCGGAGACGAAACUUAUCCAUCCAUCUCGAGUGGGCCACGGCCGCCAGGAACUCUCCCACACCAAGUCGCCGUCUUCCUCUCCGACCAGCGACAGCGAGAGCCUUCCGUUCCACUCUCCACGCCAUUCCGGCACCUCGCCGCCGCAUCCUCCCUCCUGAACCUCCGCCCGCCGGCAGCCAGCCACCCUCACCUCCCAGCCUGGGCCGGGUCCCGGACAUGGCCUUCGCCACCACCUCGCUCCUCCCGGCGCCGGCGGCGGCCACCCGCGUCUGCGCCUGCGCGAGCCCCGUCGCCCCGGACGUCGCCUUCCUGCCGGCCAAGAAGGGCGCCGCCGUCCCCCUCGUCGCCGGGCGUCGCAGGGGAGGACUAGGAGUUAGGGCUGAAGUGAAUGAAUCUGGAAGUGCUUUGGCUGCUGAUGCUUUUGCCCAAGUUAAGCAUGUUCUACUUCCUGUCACUGAUCGCAACCCUUAUCUUUCAGAAGGCACAAGACAGGCUGCAGCAACAUCCGCUUCUCUAGCAAAGAAGUAUGGAGCAAACAUAACUGUAGUUGUGAUCGAUGACAAACCAAAGGAAGAGUUCCCAGAGCAUGAUACCCAGAUGUCAAGCAUUAGAUGGCAUCUCUCAGAAGGUGGAUUUACAGAGUUUGGAUUGAUGGAGCGCCUUGGGGAAGGGAAGAAACCAACAGCUAUCAUUGGAGAAGUAGCAGACGAGUUGGAGUUAGACCUGGUUGUCCUAAGCAUGGAAGCAAUCCAUUCAAAGCACGUUGAUGGGAAUUUGCUGGCUGAGUUCAUCCCGUGCCCCGUUUUACUGCUUCCCCUCUGACAUGACCUUAGAGCUUUUCUUGCACCUAUCAUGGCUUGAAAUGAAAGCAAAUAAUCUGUUUCACCUAUUUCUAGAUGUAAUUUUUCUACAAAUGUUUUCUGGAUCAGCUUAUGGAUCUUCCUUCUGAAUGAUUUCUGUUGGAUUCCAUAAUUUUGAUUAUGUGAAUAUCAACAUGUUUCAGAUU